AUGUUCACUUCAGCAGGUGGUGGUAGGUCAGGAGCCAGCAAGUAUUUCGUCUUUGGUGCCGGCUCAGAAUCAAACACACCGCAAACGUUGAAAAGAGCUUCUAAAAAACUUCAGUAUCAAGGUGUUUCUAUCAUGCCUAUCUCAAUCGGCUCAGAUGUAUCUCCGUUGAGAUCCAUCGCCAGUGAACCUGUAAGAGAUUUCUAUCGAACGACUGCUGAUGCGUCAAGUCUUGAAACAGAUCUCCAUACCCAGGUCAUUUCUUCUGUAGUACCAGGUAGGAAUUUAGAGUUAAAACUCUGGGCAAACCAGGAAACAGUGUUUGAAAGUGAAACAUUUGAAAAUUCCGAUGUUUCCUGGAGAAAGUAAUUUUGAAAAUUCCGAUGUUUCCUCGAAUGUUCUCUAUUUUCCCUUGGAAAAUUAUUCCGGAAAGCAAUUUUGUUUCCCUGCACGGGAUGGAAGUUGGUAGAAAGUUGGGGGCGGGGGAGAGGAGAUGCAUCUAUAGUACCCGGAGAAAACUCAGUGUCAGAGUCCGCAGCGGGAAUCAAAGUCAUCGUCUCAGUGGUCUCAGUGGUGAAAGGCGCUUGCCUGACAAUUGUAAAGGCAAGGAUAGAGCUAACUGUCGUAUGUUAUAGUGAUCUUUGCAAGUUUUCUAAAAUUGCUAAUUGAUCGGUCUAGCCCGGAUUAAUAUUGUGUGAAUUAAAAUGUGUACAAAGUUAUUGUGGGGUCCAUAUCUGUAGUUUUUCAGUUCUUCAGGUAUUUUUACCGAAAAUCACAUUCCCGCUGGAUAGUGCUGUCCACCUUUCGGUUGCUUCGUGACAUUUGCGUACAUAAUCCUCAUGACUCGAUUUAGAACCUUACAUUAUUUGGGCUUCGUUGGCGUGGUUGUCAGAACAAGUGUCACCUCUGAGUCUGUGGAUGUGACUCGCUAAUGACUCAUGUGAAAAGAGCCAGUUAACGCUCUGCCGAAAGUCAUGUGUUUUCUCCGGGUGCUCCGGUUUCCUCCAUAGAUAUCUUAUAUACACUAGAUAGUGCAUCUAAUUAUUCUGCAAUUCAAAAAUUGAAACCGUGAUUGCAGACUCAGGAUAUUCCCAUGAAAUGAGAAGACUCGUAUGUUUUCUAUUUCUUAAACAGGGAACUUAAACAUUAAGUUAAACCUAUUCCAAAUACAUUUUUAAACUAUUCAAAAUGAUGAGAGUUAUUGUUGUUUUUUAAGCGUUUAUUAGUGAGUGGGGACAGGGCGUAACUACCAACAUGGCCGCCAUCUAAACGCCAUCUAUUCAAAUGGGGGUAACCGCUGGAAUAUUCUUGGCUUCAAUUUUGCUAUUUCCUCCCGCAAGGAAUGUUCCCAGGGUAACAAAAUUACUUUCUGGAAUAACGUUCCAAGGGAAAAUACAGAACUUUGGAGGAAACAGUGGAGGAAUUUUCAAAAUAACUUUCUGUAAUAAUUUUCCAAUGGAAAUAUUCCAGGAAACAUCGGAAUUUUCAAAUGUUUCACUCCUGGUUUACCCAGAGCUUUAACUUGAGCGUAAUACUUGAUGUAAAGCGUAUUGAUCAUAUCCACAUGUAAAUUUGCGUUAUAUAAAUUUUAAUCGUAAUCGUAACAUUGAACUAUAAAUAAACUGGAAGGCUAACUCAGGGGGGGGGGAUUGAAGCCAGUGCAUUUUAGUUUUUCUGAGUUAUGAGCAGAAAUACUCAACACUGAACGUUGGGCUAUAUAUCAAAUUGAAGCUAUUGAAAAACGCUAUUUGGUGUAGAAAUUUCAAGACUUUAGCUAAAAGGGAAAUAUUGAAAAACUACAAACAUAAUUACCGAUAAUUCGGCCGUUUUGCAGUUGUUUUUGUAUUUUUUGAAUAUUUUUCUUUUCGCUGAAGUCUUGAAAUUUCCACACCGAAUAGCAAUUUUCAAUAGCUUCAAUUUGAUAUAUAGCCCGACGUUUGGGAUCAAGUAUUUCUGCUCAUAACUCAGAAAAACUAUUUUGGCUUCAUCAAAUCAUGGGCCUUCAUCAUAGCAGUUAGCCUUCCAGUUUAUUUAUAGUUCAAUGAAUCGUAAUCAACUUGACCCUUAAUCUUUGUUCCUGCACAGGUCUUAGGCGGACGUAUAGAGAGGGUGGUAAAAUGGACAUCUUACUUGGUAUUCCCGAAGGAGAUCAAACAAGGGACUCUUUUGCACAAAUUAAAUCUUUUGCUCAGCGAUAUGCCAGUGGAUAUCAACUGGGAAGUAGUGAUGUCCGUAUGGGUGUGUUUAGUUAUAGUGACACAGCAAAGUCUGUGGUGCAACUUGCUGACGGUAUAUCAAGCACUACUAUCAAUAAUGCUCUUCAAAGUUUGGGACAUGGUGGUGGGGGUAAUCGUAAAGAUGUUGCUCUUCAAUAUGCUUCCGAUGUGUUUAGUCGGAGCGGUCGUUCUGGUGUUAAAAAAUCUGUUGUUCUGUUAUCCAAUGGUGCUUCAUCAUCAGGGUCAGCCGAUCUGAGUGGUAUAAGUGAAACUCUCUCUGGAAUGGAUAUCUACCCUGUAGCAGUUGGUCCCGAUGCACGAGUAGAUGGUGCAAAGAUCUCUAAGGAUUAUAUCUACUAUGAAGAUUUUCCUAAGCUAAUCGAUUCAGGACCAUUUGAAAUAACCAACAAAAUUGUUCAAGCUGGUACAAGUGUUACAACCAAUGGUGGUACCACGCCUACUGGUACCCCAGAUACUGGUAACUGCAAACCUUCUAAUCUAGUACCCGUUUACACAGUAAAAGCCCGCAUAAACUGAAACUUAGGCAAUUAAACACCUAAAAUACAAGACACCACUUCAGGAGACGGUUGUAGAUUUUUUCAACCUUUCUAAAAGUGCCUGAAAAGCUGUAAAACAUGAACCUCGCCAUUAAUAAAAAGAAACUUUAAUUUACAAAUAGUUUAAUUUGGAUUUUGAAAAAAAUCAGUAUCUGGAGAAUGGCGCUAUUGGGCCUUCGUACAACCGAUCUCAUGCUGAGAAAUGGACGUUCUUAAUUUAAACUAACCUUUGUACCUUAUCUGAUUUGGGAAGCAAGUUAAAUAGUUACAACAAGCUGAUACCGUAAACCUCCGAAUAUAAGCCCCGAAUAUGGCCCCAUGUAUAAGCCACCACGUGUACUAACGCUCACCUUAUUCCAAAUAUAAGCCCCGAAUAUAAGCCCACACGAAUAUAAGCCCACCCGAAUAUAAGCCCACUUGUUUAUCACUAUUGUUUAUCACUAUUAAUCACUAUUAUGACUAUGCUUAACACUUGUUUAUCACUAUUACUAUACUUGUUUAUCACUAUUACACUAACACAAAAGAUCGUCCAUGUGUAAGCCCCCCCGGAUAUAAGCCCCCCCCCUUGUAUAAGCCCAUCAAAAAUCGCUUACGAAAGAAUAUUAUAAGCCCAGGGCUUAUAGUCGGAGGUUUAUGGUAUACAGCCAUUUUGAUACGCUAGUGAAUAUUCAUUGGCCUUCUUUCACUUUCUUGUUCACUACUCAAAGAGGAUGCAUUUUAUCAAAUGGAGAAACUUUGAAACAAAAAUGAUCAUUGUGAGCCAAUGGUGUAUAAAACACUACAUAUGGUAGUUAGAAGUAUUAUUAGUAUUUCACUCUGUCUAACGCCGGACCAUUUUAUUUUACAGACAAAGGAGCAAAGGGACAAAAGGGGCAACCGGUACAGUACAACUUAUUUUUCUAAAUCAGAUUCACUUGUACAUUUAUAUGGAAAUGAAAUCUAUAAGUAAUGUUUACAACAAAAGCAGCCAUGAAUAAAUCUUUCUGGAACGUGCUCACCCUUGGCUAUCGAACCUCGUUUUCGUGAUUGAAUUUUUAGGUUCCUUUAUCUUGCUACAGAUAACAUAUAAAAUAAAUCAAACAGUUUCGGGAGAUUCGGCGUAAUAUUUCCCGAAGUGAUGAUAUUUCCCGAGGAAAAUAUCAUCACUGCGGGAAAUAUCGCCGAAUCCCCCGAGCGGAGGGGUCUAUAAAUUAAGAAAUAGAAAACAUUUUCCGUGUUUCUAUAGAGUUAUAGAAACACGCGUGAAAGUUUGGGAGAAACGAGAAAUUGCGUGGGAACACGAGCACGAAGUGCGAGUGUUUCCACCCAAUUUCGAGUUUCUCCCAAACUUUCACAAGUGUUUCUAUAAACUCUAUAGGAACACGGAAAGAAUGUUUUCUAUUUUCUUUAUUAAAUAGCCUUUUAAAAACAAUAGAAAAGAUAAAUUUAUUGAUUUUCAUUGCUUUCAUUCAAAUAUUUAUAAUUCCACCUUAAUAUACGUUCGUGUAAAGAAUAAUUAUAAAAGCAUAGCGAAGAAAACAAGUAUAUCGCUGUCGAAACAACAGACAGCAUUAGACACUUAACGCUCGAGAGAGCGUCUUGUUAUAAAAGCAUAGCGAAGAAAACAAGUAUAUCGCUGUCGAAACAACAGACAGCAUUAGACAGCACAGCUUAACAGACUUACUUUACUAAGGGGCCGACCAUUUAACUUUUGAAGGGGGGAGGAAUUGAUUUACUGCUGGCAGGGAAUUUUUUUUCUGGGAUCGUUAUGUGCAAGAUUUUUUUUUAUCCCAUCACCAUGUACGAUUUUUGCCACACUUUCUUUCGCAGCAUUUUUUUUCCAUAGCUUAUACUAUUUAGAUUCUUUAAUUAUAGUUAACGUUGAGUUUUCUAGCUUCAUGAUGAGGAGUUUUCCUACAAGAAAUUAACCUUACACUAGUUUCUCGGACUGGUCAAAUCGAUCCCUGCAACCAUGCUGUUUUGCAACAUUUUUUUUCCCACCAAAUACUGGGGCAGGAUUUUUUCCCCAGUUUGUUAGUGCAGGUAUUUUUUUGUUCAGAAUAGCCUUGCAGGAAAUUUUUUUUCAAAAUCACUCCCCCCCCCCUCAAAAGUUAAAUGGUCGGCCCCUAAGUAUAUAAUUCAGUCAACAAUGACAACGUACAUGCUUGCAUGCAAAGAAAGCACUGUUUUAAAUAGUUAGUGAACGUUUAAACAUGAUUAAAAACUAUAGUAAACAUGAUUAUUUUUUAAAAAACGUCGCGAGGAAACAUUUUUUUAAAGAGACAAAGUAAAAUUAUAAAAAUAUCUUACAUUGGUAAACAGUCAAACAGAUACAACGUGUGCUAUCAUACUUUGUGCUUUAGGUCUUCGCUUUCUAAGUUAGCAAAGUGUUGCCUUUUUUUGUAACGGUUUUUUGGCGUUUCGGCCGGACGUUUUUCAACUUUUUUCAAACGAAGUGACUACAUGACCGGCAGUCGGCUAUCUAGUAAACUGCCGGCUAUAUAGUGACUAUAAUUAAAGUUGAAUUUUUAUAAGGUAAACCGUUCCCUAACCCCAAACCCUCCUCUAACCCUUACCCCUAACCCUAACCCCUAACCUAACCUUUUGAGAGUUAAAAAAUAAAAAGGCGGAGAAAAAGUUGAAAAAAUUUUAAGAAAAAAAUAUGCUAAGUCAGACGUUAAAAAUACAACCCCACCCCGGUUGGGUUUCACUUUCCGCACGCCAACUCCUUUGCCGUAUGCGCUAACGGCAAGCUCGGUAAAACUACUACAAACAAAUGUUUUUAUAUGUAACUAUAGUCAUUAUAUAGCCGGCAGUUAACUAGAUAGCCGGCUGCCGGUCAUCUAGUCACUUUGUUUUUCAAACUUAAAUAUUGUUUGUAUUUUGUCUUUUAAACUCCCACGCAACCCGCGUGAAAAUUCCCCCGUGUUUUUAUCGAGUUAUAGAAACACGUUUUUUUUUCAGCUUUUGACCAAUCAGCGCCCGUAAAUAAAACUACGCGAAUAGAAUUUUUAAUUUCUCAUGUAUACCUGAGUUUUUGACGUUUCCUCUUUAAAAUAGUUGAGCAUGUAUCCUUUGGAUCAUCAAAGGUAACAUACGUCUUGAAAAUCUUUGGUUAAAUCAAAUCUUCUGUACGAAAUUUAAUACAAACAACAGCUCGCGAACGCCAUAUUGUUUCAGAGCGUGGUGUCCACGCGUCACGCGUGGGCGUGGGAUACUAUAAUAUCCCACGGUGGAUCUGCCGUGGGAUAUUAUAGUAUCUCACGCUGCAUUACGAAAUCAUGAAUUUGAGUGAAAUACCGUAAAAAAUCAACUGCUGUCAGCAUUCCACACUAUUGGACAUGAUCUAGAUAAGAAUAUUCAGACGGACGUCUUGUAUCUGGAUUUCGCUAAGGCUUUCGACUCCGUGGACGGUGGACCACGCAAUUGUUCUCGAGAAACUGCGUGGUUACGGUGUGACAGGGUCAGUUUUGGGUUGGUUCGCAGACUAUUUGAAUGGUAGGACUCAGAGAGUCGUUGUAGAUGGUGUGGCUUCGACAUGGUCACCAGUCACCUCUGGAGUGCCUCAAGGAAGUAUUCUCGGUCCGUUAUUGUUUGUCAUCUUCAUUAACGAUCUCCCAGAUGUUGUGCAAAAUGGAACUGAAACAGCCCUGUAUGCUGACGAUACUAAAUUGCACAAUACAAUUAGCUCUACUGAUGACUGCAAAUGUUUACAACAAUCGUUGACAAAUCUGAAUUGCUGGAGUGUACAAAACAACAUCCGUUUCAAUGCUUCUAAAUGCAAAGUACUCACCAUUACACGCAAGAAGACUCCUGUCACUUAUGAUUACAAACUGGGAACAGAAAGUCUGACUCGAGUUGACAGUGAAAAGGAUCUUGGCGUCAUAACUUCCUCUGGACUUUCAUGGGAACUCCAAAUCAAUUGUGUCAUCUCCAAGGCUAACAAAAUGUUAG